AUGACCAAUUCAAUCCAAAGGCCUGAUUUCGUAGGCAGGAUUCUCAAUAACGUUAUGUGGAAUGGCCCAAAUUGGCCGAUUUUCCAAGCUAUCCAUCGACAACAACUUAUACGAAGGGGUCAUUGGGAAUUCACGCUGUUGAGGUUACAGUGUAUUUUAUAUAUUUUGCUUGAUUCUGGAUUUCAAACACGCGUGGCAGGUAUGACUGAGGAGGUUUUCAAUGAUGUUAUUAGCGGCACCACCAGGAAUUGCAAGCAACCCUUUGACCGCUCACUGUCAAUCAAUGAUUUUCAAGUCAUUAUUCCCAUUGAUUUUACGUAA